AUGCUUGUAAAUUUUUGUACAGCGAAAUUUCAACCCGUAUUCGAAUGUUCCCAAAUGCAACUCGAUGGUUAUCACGCUGAAAAUCUUGCCAAAGAUUUCUCUCAAAAUCAUGGUUUUCUUGCUGAUUCGCUGCAACGUCCACCGAUUGAUAUUUACAUUCGAUUUCCUCUGAAUAUCGAUAUCAAACAUAUUUAUUUGGGCCCAUCGAUUGGUCACCAUCGGUCGACAUUGAUCGAGUUUUGCGUUAAUCAUCAGAUGAUAGAUGAGAAAACAUCUUGGCUCGUCGAUUCGUCCAAUAAGUCAAAUCUCGUCAAUGUCAAACAACUAUCGUUUCAUCGGAUCGCACAGAUUCUAAAUGAAAAUGAAAAUACUCAACGAAUCGAAAUCUACGAUCAUGAAACUGAACAAUCCAAUUCCAAUACAUUCGCAUAUCGUUUUUCUGCCAAUACUCAUCUGAUCAAUUGUAGUACAAUUAAACUGACAAUCAAACGUGCCUGGCGUGUGUCUUCAUGUGCUUUGAAAUAUCUACAAAUUUGGGGCUCGCUAUCGAAUUCCAUUCCCGCAGAAUUCAAAACAAAACUCGAACAAAUUCUCUUCCCUACACCAGCUAAACCUUUAGAAAUCAAUGAAGCCACAUGCUCAAAAACCUCCGAAGAAAUCCCGUCGGACUUCUUGGACGCGCUCACAUCUGAUCUGAUGUUGAUUCCAAUGCUGCUACCCAGUGGUCAUAUAAUUGAUCAGACAACAUUAGAGAAAUGUAUAGCUGAAGAUACACGUUGGUGUCGUUUGCCACGUGAUCCCUUCACAUUAAAAUCGUUCACUGAAAUUACUCAGCCAGUUGUAGCUCAACAAUUAAAAAUGCGCAUUGAUCAGUUCCUAAGUGAACAUCAGAAUGAUCCGAAAUAUCGUCAAUAUGGUAGAGUACUUGACCCACGACCAACGAUACCUGAUAUGUUCAAAUUCAAUUUCAAUAUCGAAGAAGAUCAAGACACUCAGAACAAGAAAUCCGAUGAAGACGAGCAAUUCGGCGCGUUGAACCAAGACUUUGGAUAUAUUCGCAUUGAUGAUUUACCAAAUGAAUCUGAUGAAGAUACCGAGAAAAUGCGACAAAGAUUCGAAUCAUAUCGAUCGGAUCUUGUUCCCAAUGUAUACGAAGGCGGUUUUAAAACGUGGGAAUGUUCCUAUGACCUAGUCGAUUAUCUACAAUCGAUUGGUGAUAAUCUUCGAGAUAGAAAAACAGUGAUUGAAUUAGGAUGUGGCAGUGGUCUACCGGGAACAGCAUUGAAUAAGUCAGGAGAAUUUCAAGUGGAUUUUCAAGAUUUUAACCGCGAAGUUAUUGAACAAACAGGCAAACAGUUGAAAAAAGAUAAACGGUCAUAUAAUAAUCGUAUGUUUUUCGGUGAUUGGGGUGAUUUGUUGAACAUCAUUCCAGCCCACUACUAUGAUGUUAUACUCACUUCGGAGACGAUCUACAACACUGGUAAUUACGCCAAAUUAGUGGAACUAUUGAAUCAUGCUCUUACAUCCAACGGUGUCAUAUAUCUGGCCGCUAAAGUGUAUUAUUUCGGAGUUCAAGGUGGUGUUCGUCAAUUUGAAGAAUUUAUCGCCAAAACCGGCUUAUUCAAAACUCGAGUAGUUCGAGUUAUUGAUGCAAAUGUUAAACGUGAAAUUCUCGAAAUGACUCGUUCAAUACAUUGA